CUCAACUUAGGCUUCUUAUCCAGAUCCAUACACCCACACUUCCAAACAGCCCAUUGGAGAGCCUGUGGAUAACACUACCAAAGAUCAUUUCGGUAUCUGUAAUACUUCGUACUAUGUUUUGUGGGAGUUUAAUGCCACAUUAAGAUAUUGGCAGGUAGCAAUGGAUUCUGGGACAUCAGCGUCGGGGAAGAAGGACGUAAAAACAUCAGUUUCCGUGUACUCUGACUAUAUCUGGAACCGGGUGCGUAGCUUCUUUCCCGCUACAUCAUCCGUUUUCCACUCGAGCCUGCUCGCUGGAUUUUCGAAUUUCUACGGAGGAACCGCCGUUCACCUCACCAAGUGCCGCCGCAGGAAGACAUGUCUCCCACUUCCUCUGCCUAAUUCUGCCACAAUACCCCUUUCCUCCACGGAUGCAUCUGAAUCGUCCAGAAUUAUUGUUGUUUUGGAGGAUAUCGUAGAACACAUUUUCUUAAAUUUGCACUACAUCCAGAAGAACCUAGAGUUUUGGCAAUCUAAAGCCGAGGAAUCAAAUGCUCGACAAGCAUACUUCAUGAUAUGUGAGAGAGGCCCGCGUGCAUUUUUUAAUGGAACAAUUCAACUGAUACGUGAUUGUGUUGGUGAUGGUUCUGGGAAACAGCACACAUAUAGUUUGGCAUCCUCUUAUAUAUCAGAGAGAUUAACUGUGUUGACCAGUUUAAGAUGCUUUUUGGCUACAUUUUUGGCUCAGAUAUACAUGGAGGUCGACAUAGCUGGACAUGAUUUAAUCAAUGACCCUGAGAAGUCGAUGUCAUCAUUGUUGGUAAAGAUCAAUGAUCUCUUUCUAGAGUUGGACACUUCCAUUGCCCGUUUUCAUGCAAAACGUCAGAAUGACUAUUCCUCAGAGGGAAGCUAUUCAUUUUCUUUAAUGUUAGAGAAACUUCCAGAAGUAAAUCAAGGUGGCUCUCAUUGGACAAGUUGUGAGAUUCAAGAUGCCAUCAACUUUAUUAACCAAAACUUGCAAAACUUGGAGUCGUACUUAUCAAGAAUAGUUAUGAAUCACAAGAGGCCAAAGAGAGCAACUCUUCAUUGGAUGAGCUAUACCUGUGGGAUAGUUGGCAUCUCAAUCUGUUCAAUAUGGCUUCUGCGGCAUAGCCGCUUGAUGGGGAGUUCUGACAUUGACAAUUGGUUGUGUGAAGCAAAAGAGUCGACAGUUAGUUUUUGGAAUGGUCACGUAGAGCAACCGAUUCUUUCAAUAAGAGAUGAACUUUUCCAAACAUUCAGGAAGAGGGAGAAAGGUGCAAUCGAACUUGAAGAAGUACAAAUAACAGCCAACUCUCUACACAGAAUGUUGCGAGCUUUCUCUGAGCAGACAAAAGGCGACAAGCUUCCAGAGGAUGCCACAGACAAUGAAAUGCUAGAAGUUGUAAUGGAAAGAUAUGAAAAAGAACUUAUGCAUCCAAUCCAAAAUCUUCUCUCUGGGGAGCUUGCCCGUGCGCUGCUUAUCCAGGUGCAAAAGCUAAAACUUGACAUUGAAGAGGCAAUGCUUGAGUUGGAUCAAAUUCUUAGAGCAAAUGAAAUCAACUUUGCUAUUCUAGCUGCAUUACCAGCUUUUUUCCUCUCUGUUCUUGUUAUGAUGUUGCUUAGAGCAUGGUUUAAACGGGAUACUAGAGCUGAAGGUAGGGGAAGAGUUGCUAGGAUCCAAAGAAGGCUUCUUGUUGUAGAAGUUGAGAGAAGAGUUAUGCAAUUAGAAAGUUGCAAUUAUAAAGGACGAGAAAAUGAUGCUCAAACUCCUCAAAGUAAUUUCGGCUUGGUUCUUUAUUAUCUGGACCGCUUGCAUUAUGCAGCAGAAGGGCAUGCAAGGGCAACUGGUGAAUGGAUAAGUUUGAGACAGGAUAUAAUUAAUUUGGCAAAGCCAGAUAUUCCGACUGCACAUAAACUGAAGAUUACUUCGCGAAUGUUGCGCGUGUACGACUGCUUGCUCCCUUUACCUAAACGCCAAUAAGUGUUGGUUGGAGCAAUAUGCUGUACUCGCUGGGGAGUAGUUAUUUUUUUGCUGAUAUUUUAUAUCUGGUACAAUGCCUGAUUUGGGCCGAGCUUUUUUACUUGCCUGAUUAACUCCUGUGGGUCGAUCUGACCACGAAUUACCCUAUGCUUUACAUGAUUAGAUUGGUGUGAGGGUAUCUGCAUGACUCAAUCUUUGUAUUUAAAUAUGGAUUUCAUUGAUACAAAAACAAUGUAUGGGCUUCAUCAAUAUCGUUUUUUCUAGUAUUGGAGUACAGUGAAAUACACUUCGGCAUAUUUUUUACAUAUGGUUUUAGUAGAACAUUAAUUAAAGAGAAA